AUGUUGAAUCAUCCGUCGGCGAAUCCGUUCGCUAUCGCCACCAGUACGAGCACCUCAGGUCUUGGCGGCUCCGAGUUGUGUAGCGCCGCCAUAGGCCAACCACCACCAGCCCAUCAGCAUCGACCACAAAUGGGCUCAUCUGCGUCCUCUUCUCUGCUGAAUGGCGCCUCGAUUGCAAAUCCGUUAGAUUCCAGUAUAAGCACGAGUGAAGCUGCAUCCAUUGCUUCACAUCCAACACCUCAUGAUUGGAGGAAAUCAGACGAAUUUUUGCAGGCGAACCCUUGGCAGUUGAUGGGUUUGAUGCCACAGCAAGGCACUGCAAUGCAGCAACANCACUUUUUCUAUUUUCUCCGCAGUGGAUGGUUUUCAUUUUUCAAAUUUUCGGUUUGUUUUUGUUAA